AUGGUAGAAGAUAGACUGUCGUCUUCUUCCUGGGAGCUCUCUCCACGCCCCAGCUUCACCCCGUCCCGCCUCCGCCGUGCCUCGCCCCAGGCCGCCCUGCCGCGCCCGGCAUCGCCCCGCCGCGCCCCGGCAUCGCCCCAGCUCUGCCCGCCCCGCGCCACCUCGCCCCAGCUCCGCCGCGCCGCGCCUCGCCCCGGCUCCGCCCCCGCCCGCCACGCCCCCCGCUCGGCCCGCCUCACCCCGGGCCGCCUCACCGCGCCGCGCCCCUGCUCCGCCCUGCCCGCCGCGGCCCAGCUCCGCCCCGCCUCCUCCCAGCUCCGCCCCGCCGCCCCGCGCCCCGGCCGGCCCCUGCUCCGCCCCAUCCGCCGUGGCCCGGCUCCGCCCCGCCUCAUCCCAGCUCCGCCCGCCGCCCCGCGCCCCGGCCGGCCCCUACCCCUCCUCGCCCCGGCCAGCCCCGCCCGCCCGACCCCCGCCCCUCCUCGCCCGGCCAUCCUCGCCCCGGCCUGCUCCAGCGAACUCGAGCCCGCCCCGCUCCGUCACGGACGCCUCCAGGGCCGCCCCGCCCUCGCUCGACGAAAUCGUCGCCGGAUUUUGCUUAAUUUGGUCGUAUUCCGGCAGUCCUCCGGCAUAACUGCACUGUUUAGAGCUGAAGUUUCAGUCCGCCAAAACGAUACUCGGAAUACAGCACCCUGA